AUGCGGGCGCUGUUCACGCUGCGCAACCAUGACAAAGGCCGCUUGGUGGGAAUUUGGAAGGAAUCUGAUUUUGUACGAUUCACCGUGGGCAUAGAAUCACUAGAGCUUCAACUUUCUGAACUGCAACGCUUGACGUCUGACUCACCCAUCAAUCUCAUUGCAACAAUUCUCGCCGAUAAGGGCACGGAAGUAGACGCGGCGAUCCGAGUCUUUGAGUCCCUCCUACGACUCCCUGUCACUACAAAUCUACUAGAACAUCUCGUUGCCACCGAGAUCAUGAAGUUGAAGUACGAAGGGGAUAAGAUCACCACCAAAGCUGGAAAACCAAUCUCUCCCAAAUCCGAAUCACCGUGGAUCCAGUCAUACUGCUGUAUAGCCCUCAUUAUAGUCUCAUGGUGUGUGUGGGCUGUCUAUGCGUACUAUUCGAUUCCUCGGUGGACCAAACUGGUGACCGAGGUUAUGUGA